CGAAACAGCUCCACUGUCAACCACAGAAGCAAACCCCCGAGCGAGCGGUGGAGGAUCAGCAAGAGACAAAUGGUGCGCGUGUGGCUUCGUCCCUGCGCGUCUGCGAUCGCUGCGCUCGGUCGUGUAACUCCGAGUGCCAAGACUGUCGUGCUGCGCGCUCAGAUCCCGCGUUCAUUGGCCGCACGCAAUGACGCUUCGUCUCUAAUUGGUGGUGUGCGCUCCUUGUCCACCAAGAGCAAGGACGACGGCAAGAAAGAAUUCAAGAAGAAGUCAACCUUUGACAAAGUAGAGGAGGACGAGGACUUGACGGAUCUGCCGGAAGAGGUGAAGUAUCUGAGUAAGCAGCUGGAUGAGAAGGACCUUCAGUUCACGGAGGAGAUCGACAUUGACGACGAGGACGAGGACGAUGAGGACGCCGAGCUCAGUCCUGCCGAGUGGGCCGAGAAGUUCGAGCGUGAAGUGGCUGAGUGGGAUCAGGAAGAGGGAGAAUACGACGAGGACAGUGUGGCCAACGCGUCUUCCACGAACGUCGAGGACGACCGUCUCUACGUUGAGAUGCCUGGAUACGACGCGUCGUUGAGUCUCGCGGAGAGUCAAAUCGGCGUCAACGAGGACGCAAAUGUCCCUGACCCGUUCAAGAAGUGGGAUCAGGGCAUGGCUAUUUCUCCGGAGAUGCUCAACUGGAUGCUGCCUGCGGAGAAGAGGAAGCCGUUCAGGAAGGAAAAGACCAAGCCGUGGAAGUAUUUCGUGGCUGCUAACCACCCAGACGUCGUGGAGUUGGCUCUUGACGUGGAGCUGCUGCGUCUCUUCAUUUCGCCCACGGGACGCAUUCGUCCCCGUCGAUUCACCGGUCUGAGGGCCAAGCAGCAGCGCAAACUGGCACAGGCGAUCAAGAUCUCGCGUCAAAUGGCAUUGCUGCCGUAUCUGUCGCGAUACCCGGAGCCUACGCCCGAGCAGUGGAAGGCUAUUGACGAAGAAAUCAUCGCGGCUGCGGAGCUCGAGGACGACGAUGACAUUGUGGACGAUGACGAUGAUGAGGACUUCGAUGAGGACUUCGAGUAUGAAUAGAAAAUAGAAGUGAUCGGCCAUGGACGGAUCCCCUGUCUACGCCGCAGUUGUGAUCGUCAUAAACCGAGAAACAGACGCGAUUCUUUCGAGGUUGUAUCUUUCAUAACGUGCAAUUCGUGUCUUGUUAUGCAUGCAGCUUUUUACCUGGACCUUGAAAGAAACAAGUUGGUUUAAGUUUUUUCAUUGCUUUAUUGGAAGGCAGAGGCUACAACGAAUAUGAAACGCAGAGAAUACAAGAAAGCUAGUCCACUUACAAACCCUGA